CUCGGCUGUGCAUGGGGAUAAGCGAUCUCUGCGGGUUCCGAGGGCCUGCCACAACCGGCGACGAGAUCACUGAUGAUACCUUGCGGUUCUAACCUUGCGUGUAUAGGGUCCGAUACGAAAGCAGCAAGUGCGAACCACUCUGCAGAAGCGUGCGCAUAGACUUGCAAGUGUUUCGUGGCGGUGCGCACGUCGGCGCUACGCUUCAUUCAACUUCCCGAGUGAGCAUCGCCAUUACGGAAUUGGGUCAGUCUGCAGCGCUCAUCGCCUCCACUUCCGAGUUUGACUUGCAGAAGAAGAGUUGACCGCUGUGCCGAACUCUCCUCACUAUGAUGCAGUCGACUCCCCGGCGUGGGAGUACGAUGGAGCCCAUCCACUUCACCCCCGUGCAGCUCUACGAGAACGAGCGCGAGGACCUCAUCAAGCUCGCGCACCAGCAGUACAAGGAGCUGUUCAAGAACGUCCGGUUUGCGCAGGCCAACGGGUUCGCCACCAAGGUCAGCGCGUUCGCGCGUACGACGCGCGCCACGGUCUGCGCCGAGACGAAGAUCCACGCGACGAUCCCGGAGCUGGUCGACGUGUUCCUUGGCGACCGCACCAACGCCGCUAUCGGGUUCGCCCAGUCGCAGCAGAUCUACCGCUUCUUGGCGCCUACAAAGGAGCACCCGUACCGAAGUUGCGGCAUGCGGUGGUCGCUGUGGCACUCGCCUUCGAAGCUCAUCCGCCAGCGAGACAUUGUGUACCUGGAAUACAUGGACACUUUUGUGGACGAGCGUGGACGUCGCGGUUGGGCGCGGAUGACCCAGUCGCUGGAACACCGCAGUUGUCCACCUCUGAUGGGGUCACACAAUGUGGUUCGAGCGUUCCUGCACUACUGCGGCACGGUGUAUACGGAGACCGACAAGCCCAAUAUCCUCGAGGCCGUCACGUACUACGAUGCUGACACACAGGGCGUUCCCCCUUGGAUGACGAAGAUCGUGGCGAAUCGCAAGGCCAAGAACCCGCACAACCUUGAGCACCUCAUUCGGUUGGAGCAUGUCAUGAAGGAGGGGGUGGAACCGCAGGAGACGCGCGUGAAUGGCAAGUUUUGCGCUGGCUGCAGCGCAGUGUUGCCGAAGUGGGGACGGCACCGGAAGUGCAGAGACUGCAGCGAGCUCAUCUGCAAAAGCUGCUGCGACGUCGUUUACUGCGCGAUUCAGGGGCGAAAGAAGCUCAACCGCAUCUGCGUGCACUGCGUCGACGACUUCCUGGCGCGAACCAACCGGCAGCUGGAGCUCACGCUGCCGUCCAGUGGGUCGUUGCACUCGGACAGCAAAGUGAAUGCUCAUAGUUCUUACAGCUGCCGACUUAUCGUUCAGGUUCGAACCGGGGAGAUAGCGACUCCAGCACGGCAGGGUCCGACAGCCCACAGCCGCAGAAGACUGAAGAGAUCUUCCACAAGGACUUGGCAGGCGAGAAGCCCACGCAGAGAAACAGAAGCCGUCAUGCCUCGACCGCCACGGUGGACUUGUCGUAUUUGA